CACACAACACAUCUGUUGCAAUAAACAUUUUAAAAUGGAAACAUCAUUGCCUCUUGCUAGUGAUAGUUUUUCAUAUAGUUGGUUAUCAAACUCUAAUAAAUCUCAUGUGAGUUACCUUGAUGAUGAGCCUCAUAGAGACUCUUUUAAUAGUUUCUAUGGAGAUAGCACCUCAAAUAAUACCCAAAACUUCAAUUUUGAUAGCAUUUCUCAAUCAAAUGUUGUGCUUGUUCAUGCUGAUGAAAUUUUCUCUGAUGGCUUUCUUAAGCCCUUUUUUAAUGACUCUUCAAAAGUAGAGUUGUUCUGUAAUACCUCAGAACCUAUUCAAACAAUGAUUGAUGCUACUUUUUCUUCUAGAACAUUUUCUUCAAGGAAUACGGAAAUUCGUCAUGGUUUUCUUACAAGGUUGAGAAAAUCAACAUGGAGAACUUUGGUACAAUUUUUCAGGUCUUUGAACACAUUAAGGCAUAAAAUGGAGAGGCCAUCAAGAAAAAUGUCCAGAGAUAAUAAUAUUUACAAGACAAAUAGGUUAGUUAAAAGCUUGAGCAGAAGUUCACAGAAAUCAUCUCCUAUUGGAAAUUUUCAUCUUGAUCAUGAUGACCAAAUUUUUGAAGCAGUCCUCCAUUGCAAAAGAUCAAUAAGAAAAUGAUCCUUAGCUAUAGAGGAGAAUUGUAUGAGAAAGUGGUAGGCAUGCACGUAGAAAUGUAUUGUACCUUAUUGAGCAUUCCAAUUUAUUUUCUUGGUGUAGUUUCUAUAUGUUUAGAUAUUGGUAUUCUCUUUUGAAUGUUAUAUAUAUAUAAAGACAAUUUUCAUCUCCUACCCUUUUUAUAUAUUUAUCAUAAUGUCAGUCAAAUUUUAGGUGGAGGUUCUUAGCUCAUCAAGGUUUUCUCAAGAUCAUUAAGGUUUUUGGAGACUUCUAGACCUUUAUGAAACUUGAUUUGUUUCCAACUCUAUUAUGGAUCUGUGUGUGUGAAUAUUCUAUAAAAAGUCAUUGACAUUUACUAAAUUUUGUGACCAAUCCAAGAGAGAAGAUGUUCAUAUGCUAGUGUUGAAAACAAGGUAGACAAGAAGGGCACAAGGGACAAAUAAUGUUGGGAGAAAAAAACCAUAAUUCCUUCCUUCAACUAAUUUGCAUCUUUUGUUCUCUUGUUGGUAUAUAUGUGUACUCCUUAUCAAAGAAAGAACAUUAGAUAGUGACCUUUAUGACUACUAUUAUUGUGCCUCUCUCAAACACCAUGCAAAUUCCCUAGCUUAUUCAAGAUGUGGAUAACAUGACAUGCAUUACAUUCACUUGUGAUGAUAAAAUCAUUGCCCAUCUCACUCAAAUUAGGCAUCUGUUCAAACAUGCUUUUGACAAAUAAGGGCAAUCAAGUGGUGGAUGAAGUGGCUGGCA